GUCGUCUCCGUGCUCUGCUCUCUGCGAGAGCGCGAACGUCAGCUGCCGCAGCCCCUCCACACGGUACCCAAUAGCAGCAAACUAUGGUAAGCCGCGCGGUCCAGAACGCGUAUCAACUGAGUGUGAUCGGGGAGGAAGCUGUGGGGUGGUUGGACGAAGCAGAGCAAUCAUGCGAAGCGGGAGAAUGUGUUCUGUCCUUAGACGCGCUCAUCAGCGUGGGUUCCAAGCACCUCGUUGUGCUUGAAAAGUUUGAAAGCGUCAUUGCUUCGAACCCCCUUGGAUUGAAACCGUCGGUCCCCGUGGCGCCCUUGCGCCAGUGGAUCGGGCGCUGGCGAGCCGCUGCUGCUGAGGCCGAGACGCUUGGGCUGGGCCGCGACAUUUCAUACAAGUACUGGCAAAAAAACAUCGAGCUGCCGGAAGUGGUCAUCAGGGCGACAAAGUGGUUUGAUACUGCUGAAAGAUUAGCACAAGCGGUGGAUGUGUCGCGUCUUAUGAAAUUCGCAACCGAUGGCAGACGUCACAUUGAAGCCGUCAGGGCGUGUCUGAGUAUACCCAAACUCCGUCGCUGGUCCAUACAACGAAGCUUCGUAAAGUGGAGUUUGCUGGUGGUGCGAUGGGUAGAUCAAGCGCAGCAGGCGGAAGGGCCCGAGUCGCCCGACGACUCUACCACCAUGGAAAUUAUCACCCUAUACGAGCGGAUGAAGAUGGAAAGGCGAGCAAAGAAGGCGGACAGGCUCAAGAAGCGGACGUGCUCCCACUGCGGGAAGAAGGCUCCCCUCUCUCAAGUAUCGUUCGCCUACUGUGGGGGUUGCCGGCACUCGGGCGUCGCGCGCGAACACUGGACGCGCUACUGCAGCGAGGCGUGCCAGCGCGCGCACUGGGCCGCGGGGCACAAAGACGAGUGCCCGUGCGCGAAAGACUUGUAAGAUUUUUUGUCCUAAACCUACCAAUUA